UGAAAACAGGUUGUCAAGUGAAGAAAUGAUUUCUUUUAGUUUUUAAAAAUAUAAUUCGAUUAUUAAUUUAAAAUGUCGGAAAAUGGGCACGAACAUGCGUAAAAAGACCCAGGUAUCAUUUGUGAUUCGAGACGAAGAAGAGCGACGUCAUAAAAACGGUGUUAGCUCCUUACAAUUGGAUCCUAUACAAGGCAGACUUUAUUCAGCAGGCCGAGAUGGAAUUAUUCGUGUCUGGCAUACAGGAGGCGGUACUCAGGAUAGAUACAUACAGAGUAUGGAACACCACACCGAUUGGGUGAAUGAUAUAGUAUUAUGUUGUGGCGGAAAAAAUCUUAUAAGCGCGUCAUCUGACACUACUGUUAAAGUAUGGAACGCACCAAAAGGUUUUUGUAUGUCCACAUUAAGAACUCAUAAAGAUUAUGUUCGGACUCUUGCGUACGCUAAAGAUAAAGAGCAGGUCGCCAGUGCAGGGCUUGAUCGUGCCAUAUUCUUGUGGGAUGUAAAUACUUUAACCGCUUUAACAGCUAGCAACAAUACUGUUACUACGUCAAGUUUGGUAGGAAAUAAAGAGUCUAUAUACAGCUUGGCUAUGAAUCCUCCUGGGACGAUUUUAGUCAGUGGCUCAACUGAAAAAGUUCUUCGAGUUUGGGAUCCCAGAAAUUGCUCGCGUCUUAUGAAGCUUAAGGGCCAUGCUGAUAACGUAAAAGCGUUAGUCGUGAGCAGAGAUGGCUCACAAUGUGUAUCUGGAAGCUCUGAUGGUACAAUAAAAUUAUGGUCUCUGUCACAACAGAGAUGCGUUUCUACUAUACGUGUUCAUUCCGAGGCUGUGUGGGCCCUACUGGCGACUGAAAACUUCACACAUAUAAUAUCAGGUGGUAGAGAUCGUCUAGUCAUCAUAACAGAACUCAGGAACCCAGAAAACUACAUGAUAGUAUGUGAGGAAACUGCCCCAAUAUUAAAAUUGUGUUUCACUGCCGACCAACAAGGUAUAUGGGUGGCAACAUCAGAUUCAGACAUAAGAUGUUGGAAAUUACCACCACUGAACUCAUUAAACUCAGAUAUGUAUACUCAGAACAAUUAUAAUACUAACAAUGUGUACCAAACACAACCAUUACACAACAUAGUCGGCGGCAGAGCCAUAAAACACUACACAGUUUUAAACGACAAACGACACAUUUUAACUAAAGACACCACCAACAAUGUUGUAUUGUAUGAUGUGCUGAAAGCAUGCAAAGUCGAAGAUUUGGGUGAGGUUGAUUAUGAAGAGGAAUUGAAGAAACGUUUCAAAAUGGUUUAUGUACCAAAUUGGUUUAACGUAGAUUUAAAGACUGGAAUGCUAACGAUACAUCUGGGGCAAGAUGAGACCGACUGUUUUAGCGCCUGGGUCAGCGCUAAAGAGGCCGGUUUGAUAACGGAGAAUGAUCAGAAAGUCAAUUUUGGGGCUCUAUUAUUGCAAGCUUUGUUGGAUCAUUGGAAUCAUCCUAAUAGGGUUAAUGAAGCAGGCCAAAAAGUCGUCGGUAACAUAUACUUCAGUGUUCCGUUACACACUCCCCUAAUAUUUAGUGAAGUUGGCGGAAGAACGCUUUACAGAUUGCAGGUUGGUGACGCUGGCGGUGAAACGGAGGGCAACCUUCUCAUGGAGACUGUUCCGUCGUGGGUUGUAGAUGUGGCCAUAGAAAUGGCUGCCCCAAAACUGAACAAACUACCAUUCUACCUAUUGCCACAUUCGAGUUGUCAGAGUAAACAGGAUCGGCAGAAAAAGGACCGUCUGGUGGCAAAUGAUUUCAUCCAAGUCCGUAAAGUCGGUGAGCAUGUCGUGGAGAAGAUUGUCGGCGGCGGUGAUGUAAACGGCAGUUCCAAGAACGAAGACUGUAACAACGACUCCCCGGAAGAAAGAGUGGAACUGUUAUGCUGUGAUCAGGUCCUCGACCCGAACAUGGAUUUACGUACGGUCCGUCACUUCAUAUGGAAAUCGAAUGUGGAAUUUACAUUGCACUACAGAAUAUUGAAACAAUGAAAAUCAAUGCAGGUUAUCGAAUUCAACAAACAGUUAAAAAAGUGUUGUUCGAUUCGCAACAUGUUUCAGUGAAUGUGAAAAUAUGUUGGUUACCGGGUUGCGGUAAACUUUUUAAUAAUAACAAGAAACUGAUUUUUGACAUUUAUUGGUUCGAAGUUUAAAAUAAAAAGACGACAUUCCUCAGAACAGCCAGUGACUUUGAAUAAAUAUAUUAAUUUAUAUUAUACCUAUAACACUUGUGCCUAAUAAUAUUAAAAAAAAAAAAUUGUAAAAUCUUGCCUAAAUUUGUAAUCAUUGUGCGAAAAUCGAGUUUUGUAAUAGAAAUACGUAAGGACAUGUGUAUAUCUUAAAAUAAUUUAUAGAAAAACAUUAUAACUUAAAUGACUUAUAUCUUUUUCUUAGCUUCUGUUUAAUUGUUGCAAAUUCUUAUGGCUAGCACUUAGUGUAGUAACUACUUGGUUUAUCAUUAUGGACUAUGCUUAAAUAUAUUGUUAAGGACUUGUGCUAGCUUAUAAAAUAUUAUAAACAAAUAUCUGGAGAAAAAAUGGGUAUACAUAUAAAAAGAAAACAGUUAUGUCAUAAAGAACCAAUUAAAAAGUAUAUAUAAAAUAGUUUGUAUGUGUUUGAUAUUGAAAUGGUAAUGACGAAUAUUUAAGACCUUUGCCUGUAAGAUUUCUGAAAUAUUUCACAUGAAUAUUAAUCUAUUAAUGUAUUAAAUAAAAUAAAUCCUAAAAAAAAACCCCCCGUGAUUCUGAUAGAGUGAAUCAAAGGUUUCUACCUUGAUUGUAUGUUAAAAAUGAUGUCGUAUUCAAUACUGUGCUGAAUUCUUAUGACUUUUAGAUAUAUGCUUGAAUAUCGUAAAUGUUCAUUUGAAAUAAAUAUUUUAAAAAGACCUUA